CUCAAGCAAGCUAAGGCCUAUGCUACUGGAUCUCUUCGCGUCCCAUCUCCUAGCCCAUCAAACUCCAAAAUCAACCUUCGUUGAGUGAUUUGGUUGGAUAUCGGAAGGAAAGAGAUGGGUAAAACAUGGGCACUCAUUAGCCACCUCCAUGCUUUUGCCGGGCCAACCCUGACACUAAUAUACCCUCUGUACGCGUCGAUCUGCGCGAUGGAGAGCACGUCCAAGGUGGACGACGAGCAAUGGCUGGUGUACUGGAUACUGUACUCCCUCAUCACCCUCAUGGAAAUGGCACUCCAUAAAGUCUUGUACUGGAUACCGUUAUGGUACGAGGCGAAGGUCCUGUUCGUGGCGUGGCUGGUGCUGCCUCAGUUCAGGGGGGCGUCGUUCAUCUACGACAAGUUCGUCAGGGAGCAGCUCAAGAAGAACAGGGUGAAGCUGCACGAACACCACGGCCAUGGCCAUGGCCACGCCGACGAGCACCAGUCGCACGUCGUCAGAGGCUGAGGAUGGCGUGCACCGAGGAACGGAUCGAAUGUAUGUUUGUUAAUUAAUCUGACGAAGGACAGAACCAAGCCGGUGAGGGCUCAUGUCGUUCACGAAACUAGAACCUACGGCGCGCUUCGCGGCGCCCUUGCUGUGUAAAUGAGGAAAAUAAAUAAGGAGGCCCUGAAGAGCCUAUUCAGUGGAUUGGCUGUAGCACCACUAGCUAUAGCAUUCAGGUUAUGAGGAAAACCAGUGAUGGAUUAAGUAGACAUAAAAUACAUAGAUUGAAUGUUAACAUUGUUUGUGGAGAACAAUGCAUAAUCUAGAGUACAUUAUACAUCA